GCAAGCCUGUCCACGGAGUAUACACUAGGUCAUUUUUAUCAGUGUGUAAUAGCAUCUAGACACAGAAGCGUUGUUGUGCUGCUAAUUGAAUGCUUUACGAUGGAGUUGUGUAAAUACGAUUUAUUGGAACGGGGGUUCUCGGUGUUGUUCUGUUCAUUAACAUUCUUUUUGGGAUUGAAGCGGGGGAAAGAAAAGGCUUUACAUAAUAACUUGCAUGUUUUUUCACGUGAAAGGGCCCUUUAAAAGGAGGCUCCUUGGGAAGCCGUUGGGAUACAGAAGGAGCAAGAAGAUUGAGUUGUUAGUGGUCUGGAUUUUUUUCAUGGUAUUGUAAAAAAAAAAGAACCGUUUUUGAAAAUGGUGACUUCGUACACCUUACCUGAAGGAUUCACUGAUUUGGAUGUGUUUGGAUUAGGCACUGCUCUUCUUGUGGAGGGUCUGCUUGGAUUCUGUCUCAACGGGCUCACAAUUCUUUCUUUCUGUAAAAUACAUGAAUUGAGGACUCCAAGUAACUUCCUAGUUUUUAGCCUUGCUAUUGCCGAUAUUGGAAUAUGCAUGAACGCCACCAUUGCUGCGUUCUCCAGUUUUCUGAGAUACUGGCCUUAUGGUUCUGAAGGGUGCCAGACUCAUGGGUUUCAAGGAUUUGUGACUGCACUCGCAAGCAUCACCUUCAUGGCAGCCAUUGCCUGGGACAGAUACCACCAGUACUGCACUCGAACAAAAUUACAGUGGAGCACUUCGAUUACAAUGGUUACCUUCCUGUGGUUGUUUGCUAUCUUCUGGUCUGCCAUGCCUCUGCUGGGGUGGGGCGAGUAUGACUACGAACCUCUGAGAACAUGCUGCACUUUGGACUACACCAAGGGAGACAGAAACUUUGUCUCAUACUUGCUGCCGAUGGCGUUUUUCAACUUUGUAAUCCCUUUUACCAUCAUGCUGACCUCUUAUCAAUCAGUGGAGAAGAAGUUCAAGAAAACUGGACAGAAUAAGUUCAAUACUGGCCUGCCUGUGAAGACACUUCUGAUUUGCUGGGGACCCUAUUCACUUCUAUGUCUGUAUGCUGCUGUUGAAAAUGCCACAGUCCUCUCUCCUAAAUUAAGAAUGAUCCCUGCUAUUUUGGCUAAGACCUCACCAGCAAUCAAUGCAUUCCUUUAUGGUCUUGGAAAUGAAAACUACAGAGGAGGCAUCUGGCAGUUCCUCACUGGACAGAAGAUUGAAGUGACUCAGACUGACAAUAAGUCCAAAUAAAAAGAGCUUUUACUGUCUAUAUUUUACAUGCUGGCAGUUCCUAACAAGGCAUAAAUGUAAAGUCAGAUAAACCCCAUCUCAUUUUUAAUUGGUCUUCUCAGUUGGUUCCACAUUGGAAAAAUGUGCUGCAUGUAAACUGAAAUGAAAGUGGAGGAGACUCAUUUCUGCUGUAGUUGGGGUUGUCAUUGCCAAUAACAGGUGUUCUGGGAGGCAUUUUGGCAUGACUGUCUGUAGAUGUCAAAACCAGUGCUAACUGUGAAAUGGACUUGAUAAGCAUAGUACAUGUGACAGCCAUUCUUGUUCAUGAGACCUUGACAUUGAAACAAAGUAACCAAGAAUGUUCAUGUUUUAGCAGUGGAUUUCUAUAUGUAUCAAAUAAAAUGGGUGUAAACAA